AUGACCAUUUGCUACUUGCUUCAGACCUUGAGGAUCGAAUCUGCUAUCAUUGUUGUACUGGCGCGUCCCUCUGAUGUUCUCAUUGAAGCCUCGGCUGCCCAUCACUGGUGCUUAUGCAACGCCAAAACUAGACCUUUCCUAUAUGAAGGGUCGCCUUUUCUGGACUUUGCAAGUGGUGAAUGCCAUCCAGGCAUGGGCUACUUUCUACCGAUCAACUAUCUUCCUUCGAUAGCAGAAGCUUUGGGUCUCAACUCUACUCUGGGUUUUCUGACUACUGCUUUCAUCAAACUGGCAAUGGUCUUCGGCUGCAUCAUUGUCGGCGCUCUGGGAGAUCGCUUCGUCAUUACACGGCCAUACUCGGUGUCAGCUUUGUCACUGCCAUCGCCGUUUUUGUAUCCCCUGGAUUGA